AUGGGUAAAGACAAAAGUCCUGUCAACGAUUCUUCGGCUUCUGGACUAACGAAAGUAAACCACACUACUACACCGUCGUCGAAUGAAGGUAAUAAUGUCCCUCCCCAUUUCUGUCCACCUUCUUCUUCCACUAACAAUGGCUACCGACGACAAUCAAAGAUUUCGAGUCGGCAAUCUGUCAGUGAAUACUUUGACAUUUCAUGCAAGGUGAUGUUGAUAGGGGACAGUGGUGUUGGAAAGACGUGUCUCCUCGUACGGUUUAAAGAUGGUGCUUUUCUUUCUGGUAGCUUCAUAUCCACAGUUGGUAUUGACUUCCGGAACAAAGUGGUUGAUGUUGAUGGCACAAAAAUUAAACUCCAGAUCUGGGACACUGCUGGUCAAGAACGCUUUCGAAGCAUUACUCGUGGCUACUAUCGUGAUGCAAAUGCACUACUUCUGCUCUAUGAUGUCACGAAUAAAGCCAGCUUUGACAAUAUCCGGGCUUGGCUGACAGAAAUCAACGAAUAUGCUCAAGAUGAUGUGGUGAUCAUGUUGUUAGGAAACAAAGCUGAUAUGGGUGGAGACAAAAUAAUCAGACGUGAAGAUGGAGAACGGCUAGCAAGGGACCACAAUGUGGCCUUUAUGGAAACCAGUGCCAAGACAGGCAUGAACGUAGAUUUAGCAUUCAUGGCAAUUGCAAAAGAUUUGAAGAUGAAAAGGACCCGAAAACCAGAUGAACCUGCCUUCAAUGUGGCUGAAUAUGUGCAGCAGGAGAACACAAUCAAAAAAUUUUUGCCUUUUCUUUUUCUCUCCUUGCCCAUAAUGCCUUUUUCUCUUCCCCCCAUUAAGUGCCCCCCCUUUUUUAGCCCCCUCUCUCUCCAGUGUCCUCCCCCAGUUUUUUUCUUCUCAUCCUCCUCCCCAUUUUUUCUUGCCAGUAUGUCAUCUGUUUUUUUUUAUCUAAGUGCCCCCAUUUUUCUUUGCCUCCCCAUUUUUCACAUCCCCCCCUGCCCCCUAUUUUACUCUAUUUCCUUUCUCCUUACCAUCACUGUUUUUCUCUUUCCUUGCUAG